CAACGGUCAAAUUUUCAAUUUAGAGCUUGGAUUUCAAAAAAAAUUUUUCCGAAACGCCUCUUUUUAACUUUCUGAGCUCUAAUUAAAUAAUCAUAAAACUUCCAAAAAAAAUCAUCUCUUUUCGAAAAUAAAAAUCUGUCUCCUGCCCAUUUUAUCACCUAUACUCCAAUCAGAUCAGGAUCACAGGAAGAACCGUCUCACCCCAUCUUUCCAGUCUCUCAUUCUCUCCCAUCACUGAAGAAGAAGCGAGCUCUAAAAAGCAAUGGAAGAUGCCAAGAUUCCGGUGUUCUCCGUCCUAAAGAAGGGCGCCGUGCUAAAGAACAUCUUCCUCAACAGCCCUCCUCCUGAAACUGGAAAACCCUUAUCUCCAUCACGAGAUAACGAUCCCAUACUGAUGGGCCGGCACCCGGACUGCGACAUCGUCGUCGAUCACCCGAGCAUCAGCCGUUUCCAUGUCGAGGUUCGCCCGAAAUCUUCACUGCAGAAACUCUUUGUGACAGAUCGCUCGUCAGUUCACGGGACUUGGGUGUCAGGUAAGAAGAUUCAGCCCAACAUCCCUAUUGAAUUGAUCGAAGGAGAUAGUCUUCGGCUUGGGGCUUCGACGAGGAUUUAUCGACUCUAUUGGAUGCCAUUGAGCCAGGCGUUUGAGAUGAACAAGCCGAUGUCACCAUUGAUUGAAGAGGCUUCAGAUUUCAUGGAUAAUGACGAAGUAUUUCAGGAUGAGAAUUUGAAUGAAGUAGGUGUAAGCAAUAUAAUACCAUCUGCUCCUCCUAUGAUGGCUUCAUCUCCUGGGAAGGUCUUUUCUCUGGAUUUGGAAAAAGGAGACCAGAUCUUGAUAAGCCAAGAGAUGUUAGAGCAGAACUCAUGCUAUACUUCUAUGGUUCCUUUUUUAGAAUCUAUGGGCACUUCGUGGCCCUUAAAGGAGGAGAUUGGAGCCAAGAAUAUUUUUCCUAAUGAGAUGCAGCCUGAAGGAGAAGGGCCGAGCCCAUUCAGAUCUGAUAAGAUAGUUAAAUCAUCAAGUCUUUUGUCAAGGAGGAACAAGUCCAUUAGCUUUCUUCAAAUUGAGAACACGAGCGAAGAAAUCAGGAGUGAGAUUAGAAAAAUUAAAGAAGAUUUGGGCAUUGAGGAACAGAUGGCUGGAGCUUUUGCUGGUGGGAGUGGAGAGGAGGAGAUCCACUUGGUUCUCUUAGCUGAAGGUAAUGUGAAAGAGGAGGAAGAAGAGUCCUUUAUUUCAGACAAGGCAAAUAUGACUCCAGGAGACUCUAUUGGCUCCAAGUUACCGAAGGGCAACCAAAAGAUUGAGAGAUCACCGUUGAGUUCCUUCAACUUAUUCCAUAAAAAAGAUUUGGGUGUGAGUGGAAAUGGAGAGGAGAUUCCCUCAGUUUUGGUGGCUGAAGGUGACGUGAAAGAGGAAGAAGAAGCGACAUGUUCUUUAGAUGACAAGAAAACUACUCUAAUAAACUCUAUUGGCUCUGAAGUACUGAAAAGCAACAUAGAAUUGAAUAGCUCAUUGUUGAUUUCCUUAAACAUAUCAGAUAAACAUGAUUUAGAGAUAGAGGAACAGAAAGUUGAAACUUCUGCAAGAGGAAAAGGAGUGGAGAAAAUCCCCACAUUUUUCAUAGGUGCAGAUCAUGUGAAAGAAGAAGAAGAGACGCUUGUCUCAGACAAGGAUAGCAUUACUCUAGUAAACUUUAUUGGCUCCAAGAUAUUGAGAAGCAACAGUGAGAGUGAGACAUCACCACUGAGUUCCUUGAGCACAUUUAAUCUGGAAGAACAUCCUUCUAAUUCAGACAAAAGGAAUCCAACAUCUGUAGCAACAGAGCAUUCUAAUUCAACUAAACUCAAGUCAAGAAGUCGUUUGAUGAAGGAGAAUGGAGAAUCACCCUUAUCAGGUGCCAAAAGCUUGGAGAGUGUAUUCUCUCCAGGAAGAAAGUUGCAAAGAAGCCUAUUUAAAGCAGUGCGAUCUCCUCUAGGUCAAAAGAAAAAUUUGAAUUUGGAAGAUGAUAGAUUCCUUUCAGAUAAAGAGAACUGGACUCCUAAAGUUCCCAAUUCUUUGAAGUCGGGGAAAGCCUUUACUAGAGAUAUCCUGAACGCUGAAAGUGAAGAAAACGAAACAUUUGCAUCAGAUAAAGAGAAUCUAACACCACAAAGCUCAAUAGCCAUUAAAUCAAAGAAUGCAGCCUCACAAAACCAUGGGAAAAAGGAAGGAGAAAGUACGAGGAAAAAGAAAGAAAGAAUCCCAUUUCAGCCUCUAUUUGUGAGCUCUCCUUUGCGAAAUAGCAGUCCUGCGAGCUAUGCGGAAGGUCUAGAUGAAACAUUCGGCAACAAUGGUGUUAUCCAUAAUUUAGAUGCGGAAGCACCUGAAAGCAAACAAAAGAAAGAGCUGCCGCAGGUGUCAGGAAGAGAGAAAAAGAAAUGGUAUAUUGUGGUGGAUGUUGGCUGCUUCCUCAUUGAAGAAUCCAGAAAAUCACUCCAACUUUUAGAAGGUAUCAGAGGGACCCAACUAAUAAUUCCAAGGAUAGUUAUUAGGGAGCUCGACCACCUCAAAAGAUGCCAAGGCAUACUAAGUAGAGGGACAAAGGCUUCUUCAGUUUUGCAAUGGAUAGAAGAGAGCAUGAUGAAAACUAGUUGGUGGAUUCAUGUUCAGAGCUCAUCAGAGACUUUCGCUGCCGCACCAACACCCCCCGCAACUCCAAGAUCACAGCUUUAUGAUGGAAGCUCGGGAUUUAGCACCGCUACUUCAUCAAACUUCUAUGGUUUCUCCACAUGCGGAAGCUUUAUGGAGAUUGUUUCCCCAACAGCAGAAGACCACAUCCUUGACUGUGCUCUUCUGUUCAAGAAAAUGAAAGAUGAUGGCGAGUUAAUGCUGCUAACUAGUAGUACCACACUGAGGAUCAAAGCCAUGGCUGAGGGAUUGUUGUGUGAGACACCCAAGGAAUUUAGAGAGAGCCUCGUGAAUCCAUUGUCAAAGAGAUUUCUGUGGGCAGAUAGUUGUAGUCCAAGAGGAUCAACUUGGUCUUGCUUAGAAGAAGUUGGUCUGUUUGAAAAUGGUCAUCAACAAUUUACGUCUGCAAGAAUGGCUAAAGUAGAAGGAAAUGUUAAGGGAUUGAAGCUCGUUCUUCUGCACGGUAACCCUCAUUGUGGAAUGACCAACUUGGUCUCAUGAACAACUGAGAUGUCUUUAAGCUUUACAGUAUUAUAUCUUACAAACCAUUUUUUGUUUUCUGUUGUGUUGAACAUGUGCUGUUCUGCUAUUAACGAUUAGAGAUUCUAUGAUUUCUUCAGUUCAA